AUGGCGGACCCGCUGUACUGCUUACGGGGAGCCACAAUUGCAAUUGCAGUUUGGAAUAUUAUCUACUGUUUCAUUCAAUUUGGUAUCCUUGGUUGGCAAUUUCAAGUCGUCAAAAAUAUCAUUGCGGAAUAUGAGAAUCGACAGUUACCGGCCACCGGAGCUAUCGACGGCUUCCAGGCAAGAUUCCCCGGAUUAUACCAAAUCUACACAGAGACUCCGGAGAGGAGACGAGCUAAUGCAAUGUACGUCAUCAUAAUCGUCUGUGUGAUAUUCUCAAUUCUUAACUUGCUCACCUCUGCAUUGCUAUUAUAUGCAGCUUUUAAAUACCUAAAAGUGUUAAUCUGGCCAUGGUUUGGAACCUCCGUCCCACUAUGUAUCAUGACAACGGCAUAUGCAGUACUGUGGUGGAGUGGGGACAUUUUCAAUGAGCAACUCACAAUGUCAAUAUUCGAGUUUGUGAUGUCAGUGGCUGUAAAUGUUAUCACCAUCAUCGUCGUUAUCGUAUUCUUCUCUCGACUCUCCGGUUCUCUCAUCUCGACUCGUCCCAAACAUUCAAAACGACGUCGUCGAAAGCAUAUAACAAAAGUGUAUCUGGAUCCGAAUGAUGCGCGGAGACACUCAAAAUCUUAUCACCAUCACCACCACCGUUCCCACUCCUACACUCGUCCCUCCAACCCACCGGAGCUACAAUUAGCCCCUCCUGAACCUAUAAUAACUCAUGCUGCUCCGUAUCUAGCUCUUGAUUCUGCAGCUCUGUUCACUCCGAAACCAAAAGGAGAUUUGAUGAUUGCUCCAGAAGGGAUACCUGAUUGGAGGAGAGAGUGGCCAUCAGUUCCAGACGUUCAAUUACAGAGACAUUUGAAGCAGCAGAGGAAGGAAGAUAUGAAGAGAAUGGGGUACAAUGUGCCGCCGGGACCAGGAGGAGUUGUCGGACCGAAUAAUAAACUUGACUUCUACGCGCCCGAACCAGAUCAAGUCGGCUUUCCGUGGAAGUACAAGACGAUGAACGAAAAUUUGAGGGAGAGGAGAGAGACGCAGGCGGAGAGAAUCAAGAAACUGUAUUACCAACAUUGGCCAGAGGAUCUGCCGAAUAUGCCAAUGGAGAUGAGAAGACGGAUGCAAGAGGAGAGGGAGAAGUUGGAGACGGAGAGGAAUAAGAGCAAGUUGAAAGGGUUCGAAGAUGUUUAG